UCGUCCUCCUCGUUCCCGAUCGCUCACGAGAAAGAGCGCGCGGUCCCCGAUCCCCCACCGCCGCGCGUCUCCCGCCUAAAGCCUCCUCCCCCGUGGAUCCACCCCUCUAGAUCCCUCCUUCCCUUCCUCUCCCUCGCUCCCCAACGCCGGCCGGCUGCUCAUCGCAUCGCGCGAUCCCCCUCGUGCGGUUCUUGAUUCGGGCGGGUCCCCGUCCCUCUGACGCGCCGCCGCGCGCCUAGGCCUAGAGGGGACGAAGGGCGAUAUGUGGAAGGGGAAGAGGAGCGGGCCGCUGACGUCGUCGUCGCCCAAGGGGAGGAAGCGGGAGUUCCCCAUCCGGGCGGCGGACUACGACCUGCUCGAGCCAAUCGGGGACGGCGCCACCGCCGUCGUGCGCCGGGCGCGGUGCCGCCCGCUCGGCGGCGAGGUCGUCGCCGUCAAGAUCAUGAACAUGGCACACCGCACGGAAUCCGACGUGAACAACGCCUCAGAGGAAGUGAAGACCAUGAUUAUGAUUGACCAUCCAAAUCUUCUCAGCGCAUACUGCUCAUUUACAGAGGGAGAAGCCUUGUGGAUUGUAAUGCCCUAUAUGGCUGGGGGUUCGUGCUACCACUUGAUGAAGUCUUCGUACCCGAAAGGGUUCGAGGACGAGAACUUCAUAGCGUUUGUUCUGCGUGAAACACUGAAGGGUUUAGAAUACCUUCAUGAAAAUGGCCACAUACAUCGGGAUGUAAAGGCUGGGAACAUACUACUUGAUCAAGAACAAGGAGUGAAACUGUCAGAUUUUGGAGUUACUGCUAGCCUUUACGAUUCAAUAAUUAAUAGACAUGGAAAAAGGAAGACACUUGUUGGGACGCCUUGCUGGAUGGCCCCUGAAGUUAUGGAGCAAAAGGAUUACGACUUCAAGGCAGAUAUUUGGUCAUUUGGUAUAACUGCACUUGAACUUGCUAUUGGUCAUGCUCCAUUUUCUAGUCAACCUCCAGCAAAGGUCUUUCUCAUGACGUUGCAACAUGCUCCACCAUCACUUCAUAACACAAAGGAGAAGAAGUUUACAGAUUCUUUUAAGAGUAUGAUUGCCACUUGUCUAAUAAAAGAUCCAACAAAGAGGCCAUCAGCAAAAAAGCUAUUAAAGCACCCAUUUUUCAGAAAAGCAAAGGCAGAACAUAAUGCUGUGAAAUGCAUACUAAAUAAAUUGCCAUCGCUGGCUGAGCGGAUGCAGACUAUAAAGGAGAAUGAAGCAAAGUUGCAGGCAGAGAAACCACAUGAUAAAUGCAAAGAGAAGGCAUCACAGGAAGAGUAUAGAAGGGGUGUGAGUGAGUGGAAUUUUGAUAUUGCAGACCUAAAAGCACAAGCAGCAUUGUACCCCGAUGAGAAUGAAGCGGAGGACUUUUUACGUUUUCUAUUUGAACUUGAUAUUGUCGAUGAAAGUACCCAGCUACAAGAUCUUAGAACACGUAAUGGCCCUACGAAUGAUGAGAAAAUGAAUGUUGGUGAUGAUGGAUCUGGAAAAUCAAAUUCAACAAGUCCGAUGUCCUUAUCUCAAAGUGUGAAACAGCAAGGAAGCCCAAAUGGUCUUUUGCGCAAUGAGUCAUUUGAAAUUCAUUCCAUAUCACCUGCUAGGCAACUGACAAGAGCAGUUUCUAACUGCAAGGAUGUUGAUGAAUAUCUGGAGAAAACUGCCUUUCAAAAGGGCCGCUUUAAAGUGAUACAUGAUUAUAGCAAGCUUGAAGGAGCAACACAGAGAGAGAAGGAGUUAUUGGAGCGCAUUAAUAGUUUAGAGAAAAUGCUUCUUGCUACCCAAGAUGAAGUUGAGAGGCUUAAAGCAAAGGAGGCAAAACAAGCAGAGGGAUGCCUACAACAACUAUAGUAGUGAAGUGAAAGUUAAUUAUGUUUGUUACUUAGGUGAUGCUUGCAAUGGUAGGGAGCGACUGUAAUACAUAUCAUAUCCUUGUUACCCUAAGAGUUCACUAAGUUGGUUAAGUGAAUUAUAUGUUAGAAAUUGUUUGUGCAUUCUGUCUUAUUUUCAAAUAUUGUCUAUAUCUUUCCUUUUCUUAAUAGAGGGCUUUAUAGGAGAGGUUUAUUAUAUAUGAUGGUCUAUAUGGCAUAUCAAGAUAUGAUCAAGAUGGUAUGAAAUCUUGAAGAAGGAAUGAUGUAUGGUGAUAUAAGUUGUAUGCGAAGAUAGCUUCAGCGGGAGUAUAGAUGAAAAGCGCCGCAAUGGUGUUGGAUGAAAAAUGAUUUUCCUUGGAGUUAUUAUGGUGUAUAUAAACUUUCUUGAAUACGGGCAGUAUAUGUUUCUUUAUACUUCUAUAAAAUGUAUAUUCUGAUGGAUGAUGGUGGUGGCUGGAUAUGGGUCUUUGGUGUAA